UUGAUGACAAGAUGACUCUUUCACGAGAAAUAAAUGUUGAUGAUGACGAGCUGCUGGAUCAGAUGAUCGAAGGAAUUCCGCUGGAAAGCCUGCGUGUACAGGCGCGCAUCCAAUGCUUUUCCGACCCAACGCACAUGCUACGGGCCUUUGCCAAUGUGCGUCUACCAGUUCGACCAAAAAUGAGUGAUGGCCCAGAGAACAAGUACGAAGACAAUGUUCGCUGUGCCAACUGCAACUGCAGAGGCCACUUCGCCAAUGUCUGCAAGAAAGCCAAACGCGAACGAGGCUCAUGCUAUGCUUGUGGCAAACUUGGUCACCUUGUUGCACAGUGCCCUGAGAGGAAGAGCGUCGUCAAAAACAAUUAUAAUGCCUAAUAGACUCAGGAAGCCCUGUCUCAUUAAUUAAGAUUUCACUUAUCGACGAAAAAAUUAUAUUGGAUUCAGUUAACG